CAGCCCCUUUGCCCUUUGCCUUCUCUUGCACCGCUAUUCGAGUCGCCCGCUCCCAACUUCCUCGCCGCGCGCACCGCGCAUCUCGCCUCGCCCGUGGCUUCCCCCGCAAUGAGCUCCUGCUCCUCCGGCCGCCGCUCCUCGCCGCCGAUGGCCGCCUCGCCCGGUCAGAAGAGGGCGAGGGGCGACGACCCUGCUUCGCCUUCUAAACCCGACUCCGAUUCCGCCCCCGCCAAAAACCCUCGCCGCGCCUUCUCCUCCUCCCCAUUCGCCGACUUCGGGAGCUACAUGUCCGCGAAGAACAGCAAGCUUGCCGCGCAGUUCGAUGCGGACGCGGCCAUCUCCGCCGCGACACCCGGCGGCGUGUUCGCGGGCGUCUCCAUCUUCGUGGACGGCUUCACCAUCCCCUCUAGCCAGGAGCUCAAAGAGAUUAUGCUGAACAACGGAGGUCGGUUUGUCAACUACUUCUCGAGGCAUACAGUGACGCACAUCAUCUGCACACACCUCCCGGAGAGCAAAAUGAGAAAUAUGAGAGCAUUCAGUAAGGGACUUCCUGUCGUGAAGCCAGCGUGGGUGGUGGAUUCCCUGGCAGAGAACCGUCUUCUCAGCUGUGUUCCAUAUCAAAUAAGUCAGCAUAAUUCUUCAAGCCGAAAGCAGAUGAAGCUUUCUGCUUUCUUUGCUGGGAAACAGAAGGGAAUGCAUCACCAGGGCGAUCGAAAUGAUGAAAGCACAGACCCUGACUUCCAUACUGUUUCUGCUCAGGCGGGAUCACAAGACCAAAAUGAGUCUUGUGAAAAGGAAGGAUCAUUAAUGAAUGCGGAGGUAGCAGAGGACUCACUAUCCUCGGUUGAACGUGAAGUUCCCACAUCUGACGAAAGAGAUGGUGAAGAUUUUGCAGUUGAUGAGGAUUACAGUGCUUGUGAAACAGCAUUUUCAGGAAGUAUGGAUGAUGGCAUGGAUGAUAAGCUUUAUGUGGCUGAUUCCCCUGAUGCUAUGUCCAUGUGUCCAGACGUAUGCGGCACAGGCUCUGCAGGCAGCCAUUUGUCGUUGGGUCUGUUGGAGAAAGAUGCUGCUAAAUCUUCUAGCCGGUCACAUUCAACCCUCACGGAUCCUAAUUUUGUAGAAAAUUAUUUCAAGCAUUCUCGACUGCAUUUCAUCGGGACCUGGAGAAAUCGUUACCGCCAGCGCUUCUCAAAUUUACUUCAAGCUAAAAGCAGUAAGGGCAACAAUGGUCACAUGGAGAAGAAGAAAAUAAUCAUUCAUAUUGAUAUGGACUGCUUUUUUGUAUCCGUCGUCAUCAGAAAUAGGCCAGAGCUGCACGAUAAACCGGUAGCAGUUUGUCAUUCUGACAAUCCUAAAGGAACUGCAGAAAUAUCUUCUGCAAACUAUCCUGCACGAGACUAUGGGAUAAAGGCUGGUAUGUUUGUUAGAGAUGCCAAAACUCGGUGCCCUCACCUGACGGUUGUUCCUUAUAACUUUGAUGCAUAUGGGGAGGUUGCCGACCAGUUCUAUGGUAUUUUGCAUAAAUAUUGCAGCAAGGUUCAGGCUUUGAGCUGUGAUGAAGCAUUUCUGGAUAUGACUGAAUGCUUACACGAUAAUCCAGAGGAAGUUACACAGAGAAUGAGAAAUGAGAUUUUUGGUACAACAAAGUGCACUGCUAGUGCAGGUAUGGCUGAAAACAUGCUCCUAGCCCGUUUAGCCACCAGAUCUGCAAAGCCGAAUGGACAGUUAUUUAUUUCAUCUGAGAAGGCUGAUGAUUAUUUGAAUACCCUCCCUAUCAAAGCACUUCCAGGCAUCGGUUAUACUGUUUCUGCUAAACUGAAAUGCAAAGAAGUUGAGUACUGUGGUCAGCUUCGCAACAUUUCAAAGGAUGCUCUCCAAAAGGACUUCGGAAAAAAGAUUAGUAACAUGUUAUGGAGCUAUUGCAGAGGAAUUGAUCAUUCUGUUGUUGAAGCUGUUCAGGAAACGAAGUCAGUUGGUGCUGAAGUCAAUUGGGGAGUCAGAUUUAACGAGAACAAAGAUGCGGAUAACUUUCUUGUUAACCUCAGCAAGGAGGUUUCUUUACGCUUACAAGGAUGUGGACUACAGGGCCGUACCAUUACCCUUAAGGUGAAAACAAGAAGGAAGGGUGCUGGAGAGCCAGUAAAGUUUAUGGGGUGUGGUGACUGCGAAACCAUGAGCCGUUCCACCACAAUAACAGGUGCAACUGACAGUUUAGUCACCCUUCAGAGAAUUGCAAGGCAAUUGUUUGCAGCUUUUCAUGUUGAUGUGAAGGAAGUUCGGGGAGUUGGACUUAAAAUGUCGAAGCUUGAGCAUGCAGAUUCAGCUCGGGGAGCACCACAAGGGAACAUGCUUAAAUCAUGGCUUGGUUCAUCAUCUGAGAAGCUCAAGAAUCAGUGUAGGGAGGAAACCUGUUUGCUUGGAAACAAUGAUGAUGCAGGAACCAGUGAGCUGCGAGCUUCGGGAAGCUCCAGACCAUCAUUUACGGGUGUGGCAUCCCACUCAUCAAAGGUGAACGUUACAAGUAAUAGGUCCACCAGAGUUCCUCCUGUUGAGCUGCCACCAUUAUCCGAACUUGAUUUGGAGGUCCUCAAGAACCUUCCUCCAGAGAUAAUGUCAGAAAUGAAUGACAUGUACAAGGGAAAAUUGCAUGGUUUACUGGACAUGACAAGCCGUGAUGAAGGCAAGGAAAACAAUUCAAAAUCUCAUGUUUUACCUGCUGUUACUCAGAACUCCGUACCUGUUUCUAAUGCAAAGUUGCAUGGAUAUGGAGAGUGCAGAGACUCCAUGCAUUUGGAAAAGCAGGAUGAUAUUAAGGGAGCAUCAGACGAGGAGUUCUCGGGUGUUCGAGCUGCCAAUGCUUCUUGCUCAAGAGACAGUGAAGUGGUUGAUGCAAAAGGUGUUACACGGCUUGAUUUCAUGCCUAAUUCUCUAAGCCAGGCAGACUUAACAGUUCUGCAGGAAUUACCUGAGGAUGUCAAGGCUGAUUUGUUUAAUGUGCUUCCAUUACAUGGGCCAAGAGAUCCAACAUGCAGCAUUUCCAAUGUUACUGAAAAUAAAUCUCAGAGUGAUGGAGGACCCGAUGAUCCAAAACAUCCAGUGAUUUGUCUUCUGCCGGGGUGGGUUGAACAGUUCAGGGUUAGCAGUUCCCUAAUAUUGAAUGCUAUUGCGGAGCAACACACAAAUUCUAUCUCUAGUCGACCUUUAUCUUCCAUUUUGGAGCAUGUUUCUUCCCUUCUUCCUCUGUGUCCUAACUCAGGUAGUGAAGAAUGGAACAACACGCUUUCCUGCCUCUCUGAGCUUCUUACAGAGUACGUACACCUGAAAGUCGAGUCUGAUAUUGAAGAGCUGCACAAAUGUUUCCGUCUUUUGAAAAGGUUCUCGUCGGUAUCUGAUCUAUUUCUGGAAUUGCAUGAUAGGAUUCUUCCUUUACUGCAGGAUUCUGUCAGUCAGCAUUAUGGUGGGAUACUGCAUUUCUAAUGAAGUUCAGGUGAUACUAACAAUUACGCGAUAGAAAAGAUUGGAGUGGUGCUGCUGUGCUGGUCUCUUUGUGCCAUUGUUUUUCAACGGUGAAGCUGCCGCCAUCACGCUACUUAACCAUGGAGUGCGAUUGGUUCUCCUUGUCUGCGGAUAUUGACUGAAUCAGGGUUCUGAAUGCCAGCCCUGUUGCUGCGUCAUUUAGGAGGGGAUCAUGUACACAUGUAAAUAUUACUUUCUGCAUGAACGAUGCCAUGAGCUCGCGUUUUUGUUCUUCGAAACUAACUUGGCCUAUUCACGUUUCAAAUCCUUGAUGUUACGCAAACCUUGUAAUAUGCCAUUUCAGAUCAUGACGAGGCAACUGACACCCGUGUGAAAUUUGGAAUACACCGGUCCAGCUUGUAUGCAAUCUGUGUUGAGAACA